AUGGCCGACGCCGAUGCUUGCGCUGCUGGCGACGACGACGAUGACGACGUGCGCAUGUGGCAGUAUGCGCUGGUGACCUGCCCCUGGCUGUUUAAGGCCUGCCCGAGCUGCAGCCCGUCGCACACUGGCCGCGAGGUCCUGAUGACCUAUUUUGACCCCACCCGCCCCGCAGCCCGCGGCCUCUGCGGCUACUGCCCCGGCCGCGCCGCGGCCGCUGCCGCCGCCGCCCCGCGCGGCCUGCUGCAAAUCCGCCGCAGCACGUACCACGAGGUCGUCAAGGCGGCCGACCUGGGCCGCAUGGCCGACGUCACCGGCAUCCAGCAUUACGUCAUCAACGGCGCCAAAGUCCUCUUCCUGCGCCCCCGCCCCCAGCCGCGGCCCCCCAAGGGCGUCGCCGCCCCCAGCCGCUGCGUGGUGGACGGGCGGCAGCUCAUGGACGGCGCCGCGCGGUUCUGCUCGCUGCAGUGCAAGCUCGAGGGGGACGACCCCGCCCACGGCCGCGGCCGGCGGGCAGGCGACGCCGCCUGCAGAGGCGGAGGGCGGUGA